GCUUGUUCAUAUCAAAGCUCAGAAGCCAGGCGUCUUAAUGGAGGUAAUCAAAUCUCAAUCCAAACCGGUCCUGGAGAUGGAGAAUGUGCUUGGCAUGAAGGGUGGAGAUGGAGAAUCUAGCUAUGCCAAAUCCUCUUCAGCUCAGCUAAACAUGCUUCAAGCUGUGAAACCAAUUCUGGAGCGGGCCAUUUAUGAGAAUAUGAUAUUGAUGUCUGAUGUGGGAGGGAUAUUUAGGAUAGCAGAUUUCGGUUGUGGUACUGGGAAAAAUACUCUUGUGGUGGCAAACACCAUUGUCAAUGCUGUGAAACGCUCGUUUGAGGAACAUGAGAUGCCAGAAUUUGAGGUGUAUUUCAUCGACCUUCCUUCUAAUGAUUUCAAUUCACUGUUUCGAAUUUUGCCUCCCCACAGACCAGACUAUGCUGAUGUUGACAAUGAUGGUGAUAACAAUCCAUUAGCUGGAAGGUCUUAUAUUGCAGCGGUGCCAGAGAGUGUUCAGCAGAGAAGCUCUCCUCGUGUCUACGUUUCAGGCGAUUGUGAGGCAUCAGUGGGAGCUGCGUAUUUACAGCAGUUUGAUAAAGAUUUCACAGCGUUUUUAAAGGCCCGGGCAGAGGAGAUCGUUGAUGGGGGAUACAUGUUUGUAUCUCUGCCGGGUCGUAAUGAAGGAACCCACAUAACGGAGGAGCAAGGCCCAUGUGGAUUUGUUUCCCGCCAAAUAGAAUUUGCAUUUGAGGAACUAGUUAACGAGGUUGAUACAAUGCUCUCUCAUUUUUUCUUGGUUUGUUUGUUUCUCUAUAAUUCUUGUAUUGUUGAAAAGGAGAAAUGGGAAACGUUUAAGAUACCUUUUUUUGGUCCAAAUUUGGAUGAAGUGGAAAGGAUUGUGAAGAAAGAGGGGUCAUUUGUAGUAAAGUUUGUAAAAACUCUAGAAGGAAUUCAUGCAUAUUGUAUGACAGAUUUUGAAAGAGGUGAAGCAAAUAUUUUUGGGCGACUUAUAGCCAACAGUUAUAGAGCAGCACUUGAAAAUAUUGUAGAAGCUCAUUUGGGAUGCAAGAGAUCAACAGAAGAAUUGUUUCUUAGAAUUGGUAAACGAGCUUCUAUUCUAGUAGAUGAAUACGUCUCCAGAUAA